AAAUCCCAUUACCUGGUAUGAACAGGAGGGGCCAAUGGAGUGCCCCCUAUGCAAAUAAUAAUAAUAAUAAUAAUAUUAAGAGGUGUCAAAUAAAUAUUCAGGGGGAGGAGUAAGCACUGCCCCACAGAACUGAUCACAAGAUGCAGUGCGCACACACACACUAUUUGAAUGGCAAUGCUUAUUACCUUUGGGGUGGGGGCUAGCCCCCUCAAAAUAAUUUAUGGGGGGCCGAAGGGACCUCAGCCCCUAGGAGACAGCUCUGAGGAUGAGGAUGCAGAAAGGAGUUAGUGUUUCACAAACCAACGGGAGCCAAAUGACAAUGAUACUGAAAGCCAUAUAGAGAAGCAAACAUUUGCAGUCUAAAUAGUCAAUAUUUUCACAAAUUAUCAUGUGAAGCUCAGGUAGGAUGGGAAUAACAACAAGAACAACAACAACAACAGCAAAACAUCAGUAAUUUAAAACUUCCCUAAACAGGGCUGCCUUCACAUGUUUUCUAAAAGUCAGGUAGUUGUUUAUUUCCUUGACAUCUGACGGGAGGGCGUUCCACAGGGAGGGCGCCACCACCGAGAAGGCCCUCUGUCUGAUUCCCUGUAACUUCACUUCUCGCAGUCAGGGAACCGCCAGAAGGCUCUCGGAGCUGGAGAAGUUUUGAUGGACAGAAAACAUGGUUUGCUUCACUACUAGGAUACAUAAAUUAUAUUUUCAAUGUUACUUUCCCCCUAAAUACCAGGAGAGUGCUAUUGUGCUCAAAUCCUACUUGCUGGUUUCCUUCUGUGAGAACAGGAUACUGCACUAAAUCUCACCAGGCUGCUUAUUCUCAGGAUUUACGAUCAUGUUCUGGAAACAUGAAUCUAUUAAAUAAAAGUUCCCACAAGUGAUGAAUUGUAAAUAUAAGGUAUUAUCCUCAAAUCUAGACCCAUUGACAUUUAAUUUGUUGUUUAGUCAUUUAGUCAUGUCAGACUCUUCGUGACCCCAUGGACCAGAGCACACCAGGCACUCCAUAUGCCUGUUGUCUUUGUCCAUGGAGUUAGACGUAGGUUAAACAUCGCCUUAUUUUCAACAGGUUUAUUCCAGGUAUGAUUGAUAUUGGAAACAAUCCAAUGUUUGUUUGUGUGAGUUCCCCACAUGGAUACAAUCUGACACUUGAGUUUUCUUGACUCUCUCCUAUGCUCAUGUUCCCCAGAGUGGCUGGGGAAACCCAGCCAGAUGGGUGGGGUAUAAAUAAUAAAUUAUUAUUAUUAUUAUUAUUAUUAUUAUUAUUAUCAUUUUGUUGUUGAAAAAAAUCUGCUGUAAUGUCAUUAGAUCAUCAGUUAAAUUCCUUGACAAAGUUUAUAUAUUGCUGAAUCAUCAAAAAGCACUUUACAUAAAAUAGUACAAAAUAGUAAAAAGAAAUGCUGGUAAAACCCAAACAGCAAAACCAAGCUGAAGAGAAACUUUACCAAAAUAUUAACCGUAUUUUUCCAUCUAUAAGACACCCCCAUGUAUAAGACACCCCUAUUUUGGGGGACUCAAAAUUAAGAAAAUGGGGGGGAGAUUUCCCCUGUGUAUAAGACUACCCCCCCUUUUUGAACAUUAUUUUUAGUAAAAAAAAAACAAAACCCUAGUCUUAUACACGGAAAAGUAGGGUAAAUAGAACUGCAAGCUUAAAACAAAUAUACACAGUAAAAUUGCAUGCUAAAUAUUAUAUGUUACAUUUGUAAGUUUGAAUAAACUCACAUGUCAUAGGUUUCCUGUAUGCAUUACUUAUUUCCUUAACUAUGUGAUACAGUUAGCAACCACUGUAUUUAGUUCUCCCCCGAGUGUUCAGAGUGUGCCACACACAUAAUCUCAAUAACUCUUAAAAGAGUCCUGCAACAUAGAAAUGCUGCCCUAUCUCCAUAUUGCAGAUGGUGCAAAUAAAAGUUGAGGGUCAACUAAUACAGUUUUACCUAAAGUCAGCUAGCUGGUUUAUGGAGGACAUGAAACUCUAACUGGGAACUACUUAGGCUGUGCUCUCGGCUAGUAUUCCAAAUCAGGUCUAUAAUGGAAGAAGGCCCUUUUUUGCAUAGCAAUUUGGGAUUCAUCUUCUCAGGUUUGUUUAGCGCUGUCUAUUCUGUGCAAUUGCGUCUAAUGAGUUAACUUCAAUAUAUGUUAAGGAGUUGUGCCUUGGGUCAUUUAUGUUAACAAUGUUAAUGUCUUCCCUUUAUCAUAAUUACCUUAAUUAGUGUACAAGCCAUUACUAAAUGCCCAAUUCAUAUAUGGGAAUCUUUUCAAGCUCACUUGGCUCUUAAAUAAAUACGAAAGACAGAGGGCCCAAUCCACCUGGAUGUUUUCUUGCAGAAACACCUUGAAAUGAAUUGGAGAUGCGCUAGAACAGAUUUACUCAAAAUGUCUUUUUACAUCCAGUUAAGGGCUGUGUCUUCCCCCUGCCUCCUAUCUGAUUUGGGGCCCGAUCCAGCCCACUCAAACCCGAGAUGACCUGAGGCUGACCCAAAUCUGGACACCAAACUGAAUUGUGAGAAUUGCACAGUGUUUAGUUAGGGUUUGAAACGAAUGGCCAGUUCAUAUAAAAGAUCACAAAAUGAAAACUUUCCAUCACCCCAGUUCUGUUGUUUGACUGAGGAGAACCAGAAGGCUGAUAUGAAAAGAGAUAGUCAUUAAGAUAACUUGCUCCCAGACCUUUUAAGACUCCAUUAAUUUGUUUAAUUUAUUAAUUGCUUCUUAAGAGUGCUUUAACAAUAAAAGCACCAUAGUGCAAUUUGAAAAAAAAAAAAAAUGUACAAAAAAUAAUGUCAAACCUAGUAAGGCCGGAUAAAAAUCUCCAUUUGAAAAACUUAGAAUCAUAGAAUCAUAGAAUCAUAUAAUCAUAGAAUCAUGUCUUCUAAAAGUCUGGUAAAGUCAUACUUGGGUUGAAGUAGCUUCGGGUUGAGCAUUUUCGGGUUGCGCUGUGCAGUGACCUGGAAGUAACAGAGCAUGUUACUUCCGGGUUUCGCCACUCACGUAUGCACAGACGCCCAAAAUGAUGUCACACGCAUGUUCGGAAGCGGCAAAUCGCGACCUGUGCAUGUGCAGAUGUGAGGACGUGGGUUGCGUUCGCUUCAGGAUGUGAAUGGGGCUGGAAACGGAUCCCGUUCGCAUCCAGAGGUACCACUGUAGUAGUUGUUCUCUUUGACAUCUGGUGGGAGGGUGCCACUACCGAGUAGGCCCUCUGCCUGGUUCUCUGUAACUUGGCUUCUCGCAGCGAGGGAACUGCCAGAAGGCCCUCGGCGCUGGACCUCAGUGUCUGGGCAGAAUGAUGGGGGUGGAGAUGCUCCUUCAGAUAUACUGGACCGAGGCCGUUUAGGGCUUUAAAGGUCAGCACCAACACUUUGAAUUGUGCUCAGAAAUGUACUGAUCAUAGUAUUCUAAAUUAUCUGAAGUUUUCAUCACUCUCAGAACUGGCUUAGAAGCCCAAAUAGCUUAGUUAAGCCAGACCACAGGGAUCUUAAGGACAGCCUUGGUGGAUGGAGCUAUGUAACCUCUGGUUACAAAAGCUUCUGCUUACGAACGCUUCAGCUUACGAGCUCCGCUAACCCAGAAGUAGCUGCUCCUGGUUGCAAACUUUGCCCCAGGAUGUGAACAGAAAUCACGUUCCAGAGGCACAUGUGCAGCAGGAGGCCCCAUUAGAGAAAGCACGCCUCAGGAUAAGAACGGUUUCAGCUUAAGAACGGACCUCCAGAAUGAAUUAAGUUUGUAACCAGAGACACAUUUGUUUCAGCCUUCUCGUUGUAGCCUUGAGUGUCUCACCACUAGGGGCAGCAGAAUGCACAUUUAAAAGCUUGCCAUUCUAGCCCUGAAACAUGUGGCACUCUGUCAUCUUUGAAGUGCAUUCGACAUCGGAGGCCCACAGAGCUGGAUCGCAGCCAAAGGAAUCUUGUGACUUGAAAGAGAGCACCUCAAAGUCAAGGCAAGGAAAAAGUAGGAGCCUCCUGAAGUGCAAUUAAAGCAAAUACAUGAAUGUCAUCUUUAUUAAAAUGGAAAUUCAAUUUUGAAAAGGAAAAAAAAUGGGGGGGGAGGGUGAACUGAAGAUUAUUCACUCCUGAUCCUUAACAAAAUUAAAACAUCUCUAGGCGAACAUGAUGAGGGCAUGUUUACCCUUCCCAGAGUCCCUGUAUUUUUGGAAGAGGUGAAUAGAGCAGUAGAUAGAACUCUCAUUGCAGAAGGAUUUCAAUGAUAGGGACCCUUCCUUUACUCCAUUAGGUAGAUCGCAGGUCACUGUAGGUCACAGGUCAUUGCUCUCACCAGCUAAGAGUGAGUGUGGUGUGAGAACCAUUGUAGUGUAGUGGUUGGAGUGUCAGACACUGACCUGGGAGACCAGGGCUCAUAUCCCUCCUCAGCCAUAAAACUCACUGGGUGACCUUGGACCAGUCACUUACUUGUAGCCCAACCUACCUCACAGGGUUGUUGCGAGGAUAAAAUGGGGAGCAGAACUAUGUAAGCCACCUUGAGCUCCUUGGAGGAAAGUUAGGAUAGAAAUGCAAUUAAUAAUAAUAAAUGUGUGUUUUAAAGGAAGAAGGGGCUCUUUCUUGAACCAACAACUGCCCAGCAGAGAUAGUUAUCCUGCGGUGGUCUAUUUACCUAAACACUUGUUUCUGGGAAAUGCAGAAAAGCAGAGUGCUCUUGUGCUCAGCUCCUCCUUCCCAGAAGUGUCAUCUGGUUGACCACUGUGAGUACAGGAUUCUGGACUAGAUAGGCCAUUGGCUGUUCUGACAUUCUGAUGUUCUUAGGCAGACAUUUGAAAUUCCUUAUUUAGGCUUUACUACCUCAGAUACUGGCCAUGCAAAAACAAACAAAUGAACCAAAACCCACAGGCAGUGUUUGUUGUGAAGAUCAAAUGUUGAAUAGGGAUGCUGCAAAUAUCUAUGACUUUUUGUUCCUAAAGCAUAAAUAUGUUUCUGUAGAUAAAUGUCCCGAUUAGGAAGCAGGGUUGAGGAUUUAUCACCCAGUUCACAAAAACAAAUGCCUUGUGGCUUAGUUGCUCAACCUGCUACGCAAACGUCCGCCAACAUCUCAUGUGAUCCUGCCGAAUGCAGGCAAUUGUUAACAUGAAAGCAGAGCUAUUGUAGAUGUAGUAGUAUUUAUGAAUCACCCUUUCUCAAACAGAGCCCAGGGUGAUGUGCAAUGAAGAGUAAACAUCAAUAAUACAUCAGUGAUUAAAACAGAUACAAAAUUAAAGCGUUCACAAAGUAGCAGUGAUUCAAAACACAAAUCUGCACAAUGCUAUUCAGGUCAACCGAUGCCAAACUUUAAAAAGGAACACUUUUAGUUAAUGUCUAAAUUUCAAUAAUGGAGGUGACAGAUGCAACUCCAGGGGGAAAUUGUCCCAGAGUCAAGGUCCCACUACAGAGAAGUUCCUUCUAUGAGUCCCUUCAUCAGGAAUCUUCAUAACCCUGCCAAUGUCUUUAAGGAUCGAGUCACCUGGUACUGGACAAGACACCCCUGUAGAUCCUUGGGCCCAAAGCCAUUUAUGAUUGUAUAGACCACUAUCAACAUCUUAAAUCAGACCCAGUAGUUUACAAGAAGCAUGCUCAGUGCUACAUUCUCCUAUAUUCUGCACUUGCUGUAGUUUCUGGACUGUUUUCGAGGAUAGCCACACACAGAGCACAUUACAGUAAUCCAGACAGAAAGUUCCUACAGCAUGAAUUGCUGAUACCGGACAAACUUGGUCCAAAAGUAGUGAACUAGCUAGAGUUGGAAACAGGCACACCUUGCCAAAGAAACCACCUGGACCUCCAAUGAUAGCAGCACCUCAAGAAGUAUCCUCCAAGCUACAAAUGUCCUCCUUUAGGAGGGAGUGCUAUCACAUCUACAAUAGGCCAUCUCCCCAAUUCCCAGACAUGAGAACUACCUACGUUUCUCUUAUCAGGAUCCAGACAUAGUUUCUUGGCAUCUCCACCUCCACCAGCCCAUCUCCACCUCGAAACACCAGUCCCACAUGUCAAUAACCUCUUCUGAUUCAGGUGGACUAGAGAGAUAGAGCUGGGCAUCAUCUGCAUAUUUCUUUAUUGGGUAAUAGGUAAUUAUGUGUAGUGCUUUCACCAGCAACAUGCAAACUCUUCACCAACUAUUAAUUUACCACAGUAUAUUAUUCACAUACUCUGUUCAACUGCAACACUUUGCCAGCACAUGGGGAAUAUUUUACUAUUCUCCUGCUGUCCUGGGCUUUGUGUGGUAAGAAGUUUUCCAUCACUGCUUAGCAGAACACAGGUAACUGGCUUACUAUAUGGUUGUUACAGAGAGAUAAUUUGACAUCUCUACAUACCCAUUGUUGCAUUUUUCUUCAGGAACUCCAGAGCCACUGCAUUUAUUUAUUCUGCAAUUAAUACUUGCCUAGUAAGGAAAAAGAAUGGGGAGGGCUGGGGUGCGCUGACAAUGAGAGGGUGAAUGAAGCCAGGAAUUCUUUUCUGACCUGGAUUUUGAACCAAGCAGGGCUGGGAUCCACAAUCUUCUAAAAAUAUCCCCUCUUCUUUGAUGUUGGUUUUUAUGAGCCCCUGAAGUUCUUCUCUAACUUCAGGAAAACUUCAACAGCAACUCCACAAUAAAAUAUCCUCUUUAGUUUCUGUCUUGGAGGAGGUAUCUGAGGAAUAUCAAGGGAAGCAAAAGAGCUUUGAUAAGGCUUAGCAGUUUUCUCAAGUUGUCACCAAGUUUUUCUGUCCCUGUAAGUGAGGCACAUAUGGAAGUUUCUGAUUGGGAACACCAGAUGAAUUUCAAGAGGUAAAAGAAGAAGGGGGCAUUUCACAGUGAGAUUCCUUACAUACCAAUAGUCCUGCAAACACACACACACACACACACACACACACACACACACACACACAACUUGAUUCUAUUCAGUCUUCGCAAUGGAUUCAACAUGGUUGAAAUAAUGGAUUUUCUCUCCCCCAUAUAGUCCCCUAGAGCAGUGCAAAAACCAGUUAUGAACAGAUGAGGAACUCUCUGUAGUAGAUUUUGAGGGUAUGCGGGCUCCACAGGAGAGGAAGGGAGUGAGAAAUCCUGUAACGGAAGCAGAAAACCACAGUUUUGGAUGUCACUCAUUGGAGCACUGGACCAAACCAUUGGCCACAUUCAGAAAAGGCAUUUCUUUUUGUGAGUUCAUAAUUUCCUAUGUCCAAUUAAUGCUGGUUUCCUAACACUAAAUACAUUUUGUGUGGGCAUGUGGUGGUGUUUAUGUCUUGUUUUUCUCUACCUCAAUAUAACUAAAAUAACACCAAAAUAAAGGAAGUGCUACAAGAGCUUAUCCCAGCAGCUUCCUUUUUGACCCAGAAUCAACAAUAAGGUCAGUGUCAGUAUCCUUGUGCUAUUUAUUUAUUUAUUAGGUUGGCAUGCUCCAAGGGGCUAACAAGAUCAUCAAUGCAUAAGGGAAACAAAUCAAUAUAAAAAUGAUAAGAAUAAAGGUAGGAGCAUUAUUAUAAUCUGGCGGGGGGGGAUGCAGGCUGGCCUCUGAGUCUUUUCCGAGGAGUUGAUGACAUGGCCUCAUGGGCAUGAAAAAAUUGAGGGAAGCUAUUGGCCUAUCCUCCCAGGAGCAACAGCUGGUGGUGCCCAGUGACUAUUGUUGCCAUGAUCCUGGAGUCCAGAAGCAGUCAAGAAUCAGAACCAAAGCUGUGGAAUCUACAACUAAGGAGCCAGAAUGGAUUUAGGAAUGUCAACAGUUCCAUCUAGCCACAGCCAGGACCCUCACAGGCCCCUUCCUCUGAGGACAGCAAUGUCUCCCAUAGUACACUUGUUUUGUAAAAAGUUACUAUGAAAAAAUAAAUAGAAACAAAAGCCAAAUGUCUUGGUAGCAAAUCAUAUUUAUGUAAGGAGUGGGUGUUACUGGCUUAUUGUUUUCAUUAUUAUAAUGUAUUUUGUGUUUUUGUAUUGUGACUUUAUGUUUUAACUGCACCGAGACCUGCUGGUAUAGGGCAGUAUACAAAUUUAAUCAAUCAAUCAAUGCUUCAGUGGUCCAUUAGCACAGGUAGAGCACUUGGAAGGAAGCUAUGGAAGGGAGGAGGAGCUCCCAUCUUCAGGGCAGAGGGUUGUUCCUUUAAGAAUCUAAGGGGAGGAAUUCAUUAUUGCACUCCUCUGAUUGUUAUGUCAUCACAAGCAUUUCUGCCUCCCCAAUAGAACAUUCUCCCUUCUCCGUCCUCUGGGCACUGUUUCAGGAAUUCUCCCAAACCUCCAGGGUACAUUUGCGGGAGGUGCUGGGGUCCCAUGGGGAGAGGAGAGGGAGGAAAACCCAUUUGUGCUAGCAGGAGCCUUUGCACUGGCUUCUAUCAAUGUGCCAGUCUUGUCAAAUCAGGACCAAGUUUAUCCACAAGAAAAAGGAGCCUGGGGGACGUAGUCAGGGGGAGCAAAGAGCCAGUGUGUUGUAGUGGUUAAGAGCAGUGGACUCGUAAUCUGGUGAACUGUGUUUGAUUCCCCACUCCUCCACAUGCAGCUGCUGAGUGACCUUGGGCUAGUCACAUUUCUCUGAAGUCUCUCAGCCUCACUCACCUCACAGAGUGUUGUGGGGGAGGAAGGGAAAGGAGAUUGUGAGCUGCUUUGAGACUCCUUAGGGUAGUGAUAAAGCAGGAUAUCAAAUCCAAACUCUUCUUCAUCAAACUCUUCUAAAUAGGCUUAGCCUGUUCUCAGCCUUUACUUGGAGCUAUCCAUGGUCCUGCAAUUCCUGACCUGCCUUGCCCUGUGGAAUCCCGCAUCAGAGCAGAACCCAACAAUAGCAAGGACAGAUACAAGUUUGCCCCUAACUCAUGGUGGUUUUUGAUAUUUCUGCGGCCAGCAGCUUCAAUAGCAAAGGAGGGAAAACAUACGAGUCAGCAAUAUUCAAUUAAACAAAGUGUCAUGUUCUUAGGGCAAGCUUGAGGUGCCUUUAUACCUUUAAGCACAAUGGAUUUCCAAAUGAGCUUGACAUGCCUAUCAGAAUUGGUCAGUUUCUCAAAUCGGAGAGACAAGGCUUGCGAGGCAACACUAUUAAUGUCUCUGCAUUUAAGUUCUACAGUCACAUGCCUAGAAUACAUUUCUCCUUCAAAGAGCCGCACGGCUUUCAGCUCGUAAUUUAUCGCUGGGUAUAUUAGGUACACGAAGUCCUUCUGAUUCACAGCCUUCUAAUCGGCUAUUUAGAGUUUACACCAAGCAGAAAAUCAAUGUAUUCAAAAUGUAGUAGCUCUCUUGUUAACUCCAGUCAUUUGCUUAAACAGUAAUGUUGAGAUGAUAAUUGAAAUAUGGUCUAAACCAUGCAUUUUAAUUUACAAUAAAAAUGCUUGAAAUAUGAGUAAUUUGAUUUUUUUUCCAAAGGGCAUGUUUAUUGCAGUCCUUUCUUUGGGAUCUUAAUUCCAUGGUUGAAUGAGAUUUUAGAAUAAUAGUCUCUUGUAUCUUCCUGAAGGAAUACCAAUGUGAUUCACAACUGCCGCAAUCUAGCAUGCAUUGGCGUGUGCUUAAGUCCAUUGCUUUCAAUCUGACUUAAGUGUGCAUAAGUGCCUUGUGGAUUUCUCCAAAACUUUUAAAAUGUACGGUGUUCUUCAAAGAUAGUCCCAUAAUUGUUCCUCAUCUAUGAUCAAAGCUCCAAUGGAGACAGAAGGCCUACAAUGCAGAACCCACAAGUAUUUUAACUGAAAUUGCAUGGAAGAUAUGUAAGGCCUACUAAAACCAUCUACUACUGCCAGGAAAGGAAGACCAUCUAACUUCCACCCAAUCCAGCUAAACAGAACAGUGCACAGAAAGUAGAAAGCUAAUGCAUUUUUUAAAAAAAUGCUUAAUGUAGUGGUGUGCCAAAAUUUGUCCUCUUCUUUUUUUGGAAAGUUGUCUUCUGUAUAAGAUGCUUUGAUCUUUCUCCCUCAUUCCCAAGAUUCUUGAGAAUUCCUUUAGAAUUUAAGUAUGUCCCCAUCUUAAACUUACUUUAUCAUUUCAAGUUGGCUGAGAGUUGUGUGCGUGUUUUCUUUCCAGGUAAUAUGACCCAGCAGUCUUCAGCAUCACCAGCUACCCUUGCUUCCUGAUCGGAAACCCCCUCUACCACUUCACCUUGUCUUCUCUUGGUCUUUGAUUUAAGUACAGAGGCACCUGGGAAAGCUGAAGACCACAGACUACCUGUGAGAUGACUUGUAGAAUGGAAGAAAGACAAAGACUCUACAAACAUCCCUCAGCCACCUCAAAAGGAAGGUAACUGCAACAGAACCUCUGUACUUGAUGCAUGAGAAUUCCACACACACAACGAUCUUUUCUGUUUGAUAAUUUUUGAAUGCAAUUUCUUUUCUCACAAAUUGAUGAAAAAUGGCACCUCCCCCAUAUGAAGAGAAUUUUUUUGGGGGGGGGUUGGCACAGCACUAGUGUUAGGAGACUGGCCUUUUGCUCUUGCAUGGUCAACAGAAAAGAGCACCUUGCUCUAUGCAAUGUUGUUCAUAACUUAGAUUAGAUAGGCUACCUUUGUUCUGUCCUUUCAAAUGACAUGGAUGUAUAACUUUUGAGUUUUGUGUCCAAAUUGCACUGCCUUCCUAGAAUUCCUACUCCAUAAUUUCAGUCAUGGGAUUGUUGUCCUUCACAUGACGGUAUACGUUUUGACUCCACAGAGUGGGAAGUGACGGAGACAGGAUGUUUGUGUUACUGUGUUCCGUGAAGUGGGACUAUUGUCCUUUGUUCUUUUUCUCUUUGGUGUCUGAUGCUAGAGAGAGAGGGAGCCAUGUUGCAGUGCUCCGUGUGUGUUUAUAUAUAAAUAAAGUAGAUUAGCAAAAUGCUGAGUUGCUGGGGUUCUGUUAUGCAAACAGCGCAGACUCUGCGGAUCCCUAAGUGUGCCAGUGUCAGUUGGCAUCAGUCGCUGUGAUGUUUGGGCAGAAGAAAGCUUUCGAAGCUCCUGAACGAUCAACCAGGGGGGAGAGAACAUGCCAGUCGGGCAUGUGUCUCUGCCAGGGUCCUACUCAAGUGUAGGACAAGCUCCUAACAGUUCACACCUCUUUGGUGCUCCACAACUACAAGUAGGUUAGCCCCAAAUGUGAACAUUACCUUGGCUAUGGAUCCCAAAUUGGUAUGUGUAAGUCCUGGAAAUCACCAUCCACACUAAACAUUAUUAGUGCAGACAGUGCUUUUUUUCAGGGGUUAUGCAGGGGGUACGCAUACCCCUAAACAUUUUGUGAAUCUAAGUUUGGCCUCAUUGAGGGGCAGUACUUCAAUAUGAGUAGGAAAAUGAGAAUACCCCUAAACAUUUUUUUAGAAAAAAAACACCACUGAGUACAGAGCAUGCAAAACAAGAACAGCAAACCAUACACAACUCAGCCAAUUCAUGUGCAGCGCAAAAUAUACCUGCUUCUGCACGUAGGAGCAAUCAGCUAACACACCACUGAGAGGUCAAGGGAGGGCAGGCUGAAUGCCAGCUGGAAAAGGAAGAGGGGGUAGGGGGAGCUGGCUUUUAUUUCCUUGGCUGGGCUCUACCUAUCUGCAUCAAUGUAAAAUGCACUCACAUGCAAGCCUCUAAUACUUAGCCCCACCUUCAGAUAAGUGUGGGUGGGGAAACAGUAUUCUCAUUCAUUGGUGGUUGAUAAACAGGCUUGGGAGAAAUGGUUUACUACAAAGUGAGGCUGCCCUCAGCACUGUGAAGGUGGUUCUGCAAUAGGUGAGGAGCUUCUUAGUGGAGCUAGGUAAAAAGGUCAAAGGUAAAGGACCCCAUGACAGUGUGUCCCAAGCUUAUGUCUUCCAGAGGUUUGCAGCAUAAUUCCCAUCAGCCCAGCCAACAUGAGCAAUGGUCAGAGAUUAUACGAACUCUAUACUGAGAGCACCAGAAUGGGGUUAUUUAUGACUGCUCACCGUAGCCAGAGGGAUGCCCAGUUAACAGAACUAUGCCCUGUUUUCAUUUCAUGGGUUUGCUCUCCCCUGUGUUCUAGCUCAACUUCCUUCCAAACAAACCCAGAGUUUUUCUAAACCUUAUUCCUAACAUUUGUCACAGCUUCAAUUAGUUGAAUCUCUCUCUUUCCCAUCCAACAUGAACAGAUUGCAGAAAGGUAUGUGUACACCAGUAGCAGCAGCUUCUUCUUCUUCUUCUUCUUCUUCUUCUUCUUCUUCUUCUUCUUCUUCUUCACAUUUAUAUCCCACCAUUUUCUCCAAGGAGCUCAAGGUGGUGUACAUGGUUCUCUCCCAUCUCAUUUAAUCCGCACAACAGCCCUGUGAG